AUGAAUGUCGAAAAUUCAAGAACCAAAAGCUUAAGCUCACUUUGCGAGCUUUCGUUGAUGAGAAACCAUCUCAUGCUUCAAGAUGUGAGCAACAUGCCCUACAGGUUGAUCCGUAACGUUUUGAUGAAGGUCAAGUUGGAACAAUUGUGUAAACUCGAAGAAACCAACUCUUUACUGAUAUUUGAGGAUGACGAAAUUUGGCACAACUUACUUGUGAAGGACUAUCCACUGCAUGUGCAUGAAUCAUUUCUUCGCAAGCGAGGCGAGAUCAUGAAUUACUUUGUGUCUUUCAUAGAGACUUAUGAUCCCAGUCUGCUACGAGACGUGGAGCUCAUGAAAGGUUAUCUACGUUUCGCAAUCAAAAAGGACCCCAGGCAUCAGAAAUACAAAGUUCCUUCCCGAAUGCUGUAUUUCAAGUAUCAAGCCGAAACCGUGCGGAAACAAGAGCUCAGUACCCAGAGACUGCGAUUCCAAAUGCAGGAGCUUCAGCGAGAGAAGGAAAAGAACCAAAUCUCGGCGUUAGACGACCCAUUGUACUGUGAGAAGCGGACGAAAUCGGGCAUAAAGAUCAACGACAGAUCAGACUUGUUUGUGAAAUCUUACAAAGAGCACCAGAGGCGACAGCAGCAUUUUAAAAGUGGUGGGUAUGAUAUAUCUAAGCGGCCUGUCAAACGAGUGGCUUUUGGAGGCCAAGUGGGCACGCCCAUUGCGCCCUCCAACCAAACGAAUUAUAAUGCCUUGAGUGACAACGGCACAGAAGUCAAGCCAAUCGUAGAAGUACCGAAACCGCCUGUCACCCUCACAAGACCAAAACAACCUACGUCCCCGGCGCGCACGAGACGGCUGAAUGACGAGCCACACCCUUUUUUGAAGCGUAGAAAACCCAUUUUACGACGUCAAAGCUUGGCAUCAGCGAGACCUCUUGCUCAGCCGGUGGAGCGCACUGCCAGGCCGGUAGUGGUAAAGGUGGGGUCCUGUAGGAUAAACAGCAAAUCCAAGAAGUCUAGCAUCUUUGCAGCGCCAUCGCCGCAGGAGGAGCUUGUCAGACAGCAUAGCAGCCAUUCAAACGCCUACAUUUUUGAUAGCUCGGGUCGCUGA